AACACAAACAGAAUUACCAGUGGGCAACAAGCUUCCGGAUGGAGGCGGCGGCGGUGAGCGCGUCCACCGGGGCGCUGAACACCCUCCUCCCCAAGCUCGCCGACCUCCUCCUCCUCGUCGCCGGCGAGCACCACAGCAGCAGGCGCGCGGUCGAGGACGGCGUCGAGCACCUCGAGAGCGAGCUGACCAGCAUGCGCGCCGCCCUCGAGAAGGUGUCGGCGGCGGCGGCGCCGCCCGACCAGCUCGACGGGCAGGUCAGGCUCUGGGCGAGGGACGUCCGCGACAUGUCCUACCACAUCGAGGACGCCAUCGACACCUACCUGCUCCGCGAGGCCGCCGCCGCCGGACGACGACCACCACCACCACCGUGCUGCUCCUUCGUCGUCGGCUUGACCAGCUCGGCUCGCCGCCGGAGCCGAGCCAUCGCCGCCGAGAUCGAGCGCAUCAAGAAGGAGGUGGAGGAGGUGAGCAGGCGCCGGGAAAGGUACAGGAUCGACGACCACGUCGUCGCCGUCGUCGAUGACGCUCCGGUGGACCGCCGGCUGCCGGCGCUGUACGCGAACUUCGCAAGCCUCGUCGGCGUCGACGCCUCAGUGGAGGAGGUGAUCAAGCUGUUAUCCAUGGAAGGAUAUCAAGGUGCAGUGAUGAUGAGGCGAAAGCUCAAGCUGAUCGCCAUUGUUGGGCCAGGAGGAAUCGGAAAGACAACCCUAGCUAAUCUUGUGUAUCAGAAGCUCCAUGGCCAAUUCGAAUGCCAAGCUUUCGUCUCGGUUUCUCAAAAGCCAAACGUCAAGGCUGUUCUUAGCAGCAUACUCUGUCAAGUGAGCCAACUCAAAUAUGAAAAUUUCAGUUCUUGGGGUGAGAAGGAAAUCAUCGACAAAAUCAGGGAUGUUCUCAAGGAUAUCAGGUACUUCAUUAUUAUUGAUGAUAUAUGGGAUAAACCAACAUGGCAACUUCUAAAAUGUGUUCUCAUCGACAAUGAUCAUGGUAGCAAAAUAAUCACCACUACUCGCAACAUGGAUGUUGCAAAGUUGUGUUGCUAUUCUGAUGAUGUUGAUGGUACCAUACAAAUACAACAGCCUCUUUCAGUUGCUGACUCUGAAAAACUACUAUAUCACAAAGUAUUCCAUAAUGAAAGAUGCCCUCCUCAGCUUAAGGGCAUAUCUCAGAAAAUUUUGAAAAGAUGUGGUGGCUUACCAUUAGCUAUAAUUACUAUUGCUAGCUUAUUUGCAAAUAGGCAGACACAAACUGAGGACCACUGGAACUCGGUAUGCAGUUCUUUCCAUAGCGGACUUGAAAGUAGUACUGAUGUGAAGGACAUGCGCUGGAUAAUAUCUCUUAGUUAUUGUGAUAUGCCUUCUCCUCUUAAAACUUGUUUUAUGUAUCUCAGUAUAUUUCCGGAGGAUUAUAUCAUCGACAGAGAUGACCUGAUAUGGAGAUGGAUAGCUGAAGGUUUUAUCCAGCCAAAACAAGGUACAAUUCUAUAUGAAAAAGGAGAGAGAUACUUUGAUGAACUCAUUAAUAGAAACUUGAUCCAACCGAUAUGCAUUGAUGUGCAUGGUAAGGCACAAGCUUGUCGUGUGCAUGAUACCAUAUUGGAAUUUAUCGCCGGUUUAUCAAUUGAAGAAAAUUUUGUUGCAAUUUUAAAUGGUCAGUGUUCGACGUCGGAUCUACCGAAAAGGAUCUACCGGUUAUCCCUACAAAACAGCAAGGAUGAUAUUACAAUACCUGAUGCAACCGAGAGAUUUUCCCAUGUGAGGUCACUUUGGCAAGGUAUUGAUUUGAAGAUGCCCCUUUCGGGCUUUCGAGUUUUGCGUGCCUUGGAUUUAGGAGAUUGCAGCAGUCAAAAUAUUGAUAAUAUAGGUAAUUUGGUUCACCUGAGGUAUCUAAGGUUGCGUGGUACACAUUAUAAUAAGCUUCCAAAAGAAAUUGGAAACCUAAGAUUUUUGCAAACAUUAGAUAUUAAGCAGACAAGAAUAAAAGAAUUGCCAUCAACUGUUGUACAUCUUACACAACUUAUGCGUCUUAUGGUGGACACAUGGACAAAGUUGCCAAAUGGGAUUGGGAAUAUGGAAUGUCUAGAACAACUGUCAGAGAUUGAUACCAGCAUGUAUCCAAGUCUUAUGAAAGAGCUAAGCGAUCUGCCCAAUCUACGGGUUCUAGAAAUUUUGAUAAGCACAUGGGAGCAGACCAAAGAGGAACAAUUUCUUGAUUGUUUAGGCUCUAUGAAGAAACUUCAAAUUGUCCAUAUUUUUGCUCCAGAUAUAUCCCUUGAUUUCAUGUUGAAUAAAGAUUGGACCCUUCAUGAACUCCAAAAACUUACAGUUGGUGUUCGCCGAGAAAGCGAAGACAUAUUUAAGCUCAACCCAUUGUCUGGGUGGGCUGAGUUUAGCCCAUUCUCUAUCCUACCAAGGUGGAUCAAUUCAUCACUCACCAAUCUCUCAUACUUAUCGAUCAUUGUCAAGAUACUACAACAAAAAGAUCUUGGAGUUCUUGGGGACUUGCCUGCACUUUGUUCUCUAUACUUGAGCGUGACAGGCGCUUUAAAGGAAAGAUUGAUGAUAAUAGGUCAUAGUAGAGGUAAUGGUCAGGCAAUAGCAUUCCAAUGUCUGGCUAACUUCAACUUUACAAGUCCUGCAAUGAUGCUAGUUUUUAGACAUGGAGCCAUGCAGAGGCUUCAAAUGCUUUCCUUUUGUUUUCAACUAAAGGAGACAAAAGUUUUUCACAGUGAUUUGGACAUGGGCUUGGAGAAUCUCACCUCCCUCAAGACUGUACAUUUUCAGAUUGACUGUCGUUACGCUAGGCUCUGGGAGGUGCAGGCUGCAGAGGUUGCACUAAGAAGUGCAACCAACUUGAAUCUCAACUCCCCAACCCUUGACUUGAGCAAACAUUUUGAAAGAUUGAUGUAUUGGGAUGGAAUGGAAGAGAUCCCUGAGAUGAAAAUAUUCAAAGAAGAAAAUGUUGGGAUUGUCAAGAUUGGACCAUGGGGUGGAAAUAGAGGGAGGCGUUAUGAUAUUGAGGUGGCUCCUCACCAUCUAGAAAGCAUCAGAGUUCACAGCGAUUUGGCUGUACAUUCAUUUGAAUUUGAAUAUAGCGACCGUAAUGGACAGAAACAUGUUGCGGGUCCUUGGGGAGGAUAUGGUGGUAGUAAUGUUCAUAUGAUUCAACUUGAAUCUUCAGAGGUUCUUGUGGAGGUUUCUGGAACAUUUGGUCGAUUUGCUGGAUUUCAAAAUAUCAUAACCUCUCUUACAUUUGUUACAAAUACUCAAAGCUAUGGACCUUUUGGACAAAGAGAGGGAACCCCUUUCCACAUACCAGUGCAGUGUGGUGGCCGCAUUGUUGGAUUCUUCGGGCGUGCAGGGUGGUGUUUUGAUGCAAUUGGUAUCUAUGUGAACCCUGAUCUCCAAACAAUAAAAGACAAGGGCAAAGUUGUGCUUGCCAAGAUUGGGCCAUGUGGUGGAAAGGGAGGGGAGGCUUGUGACAUCAUGGUGCCUCCCCAUCAUUUGGAAAGUGUGACAAUUUGCAGUAACAUUGUGAUACACUCACUCACAUUUUCUUACAAUGACCAUAAUGGAGAUCAUCACUUGGCAGGUUUGUGGGGCAGCCAUGGUGGGAGUAAUCAGACGAUUCAAUUUGGCCCUUCAGAGUUCAUAACUAGAGUUUAUGGAACAAUUGGUUCAUACAAUACACCAUCUGAUGUUGUAACAUCUAUUACAUUGGUUACUAAUGCUGGCUGCUAUGGACCUUUUGGUCAAGAAAAUGGGAUCCCUUUCGACUUUCCAGUCCAGGGUAAUGGCAGCAUUGUUGGCUUCUUUGGACAUGCGAACCUUUAUGUUGAUGCAAUAGGUGUCUAUGUGACACCUUCCAUGGGAACAAGGAAAGAAGAAGAAAAUGUUGGGCUUACCAAGAUUGGACCAUUCGGCCGACGUGGAGGGAACCCUUUUGACAUCAAGGUCACACCACACCAGUUGGAAAGCAUAACAAUUAGUAGUAACAUUGUAAUCAAUUCACUUGCAUUUUCAUACAUAAGCCAUGACAAACAACAACACAUUGUAGGUCCAUGGGGCAGUGGUGGUGAGAGCAAUUAUACGAUCCAGCUUGGUCCUUCAGAAUUUUUUGUCAAAGUUUCAGGAACAUUUGGUCCAUUUGGUGAAUUCCCCAAUGUCAUAACCUCUCUUACCUUUGUCACCAAUACUCAUCAUCAGUAUGGACCUUUUGGACAAGGAGGAGGCACUCCAUUCCAUGCUCCAAUGUCGGGCAAUGGCAGCAUUGUUGGCUUUUUUGGCCGUGAAGGGUUAUGUAUUGAAGCAGUUGGUUUUUAUUUUUGCGCAUUAUGACAACAGUUUGUUCUAUGUUGCAUGUCAAAGGUUUUAGUAGAUUUGUUUGUGUGUGUGUCCUUUUUUUUUGUUUCCUAUGCAGUGAAGAUUCACUAGUUCCAUGCCCCA